UGAUCAUGUUGGCCGCUCGCAUCACUUCCGCUACGCUUUCGCUCUGCGUCUUAAUAACCGGCACUUCUGCCAGUGUCGUCAAAGCCAAGUUUGCAGAUGGCCGCACGUAUGAGAUUUAUUGCAAGUCAGAUAUCUUGUUUGGCGCAAUGACUGUCGACAGCUGCAACAAUGGUCACAACCUUGCCUGCCGAGGCAACAUCAUCAUUGCCGUCAAUGACCCGUCGCAGGCUGUGCAAACCUGCCCUGCCGGCGCUGGCGUUGCCGUCUGUGUGCUCUCCUCAGGAUGCUAGCUGUUUCUGGAAGUUAUCUCUGCUGCCCAAAUUCUGCUACCUAUCCCUUGUGACCUCUAAGACGGGCG